GUGAGCUUUAAAAGGGGGCUGGGAGAAAUGGCCACGACAGCCAGAGCAGAGGCUCCUCAGGGCACGACACCUUCAUCGUUUGUGUACUCCCCCGAGUUCAACCAAUAUCUUUCAACCGGGUAAGCGGCACAGAGGAAGUAGACCGCUUUCUCUCUGUCACUGCUUCCUUCCUCUCUGAAGGUUGCCGACGUAUGGGGCCUACUUCAGCCAGCCCAACCUGCCCCACGACAACACGCUGGACAUCCUGCUGUCGACCCCCACGGAGACAAUCAAACAGGACCAUGACAAGAAGAAGAAGAGAUGUUUCUGCUGCCUCUGGUGACUGACUGACCACCAUCCCGACCACCAUGUGCAGACGUGAGAUGGAUUUGCUGCUGGAUUUUGUAAGUCGGUGUUUGCUAUGACGAUUGGUG